AAACAGCGGGGGUGCAGGGAAAGCGUCCGGGGAAAGUGUCACCCGGUGCCGCAGCAGAGUGCCAGAGGAGCCCCGGCGCGCAGAGGAAACUGUCCGACGCCAGCAACGCUUCAGAGGAUCCUGAGCAAAGACUCCGGCUGCCUCUCUGGGAAGCUCUCCUCCGACAGCAGCUCGGAAAUAUCCGACUGCCCCUCGGAGGGCAACAAGCACGACUCUCCAAGCAGCGACAACGAAUUAAGCUGGAUAGACGGGAGAGCUUAUGUGAACCCGGACGGCGGCGAGGCAGAGACAGGCGACGACAAAGCGUGCGCAAAGGCAUCCAGGGAUCCCUGCGCGCUGCAGCCCGAUGCUGCUGGAGGGGGUCCCAGCGUGUUUAACUCCUCGGAUACGUUCAUGGAGCUCAUGAUGGGGGAGACGAGCGAGGACCUUGUCAGAGAGGUGGAAGAUCUGAGAUCAGAGAACGAGUAUCUGAAAGAUGAGGUGGAGGAGCUUCGCUGCGAGAUGCUGGAAAUACGCGACAUGUUCCAGGAGGAGGAGGUGUACCAGCUGCAGGAGCUGCGGCUGCAGCUGGAGCAGGCCAACAAGACGUGUCGCAUCCUGCAGUACCGCCUCCGCAAGGCCGAGCGCCGCAGCAUCCGAGUGGCUCAGACGGGGCAGGUGGACGGGGAGCUGGUCAGGAGCCUGGAGCACGAUAUCAGGGUUGCAAAGAGCGUGUCUCUGCGGUUGUACAACGAGCUGGAGGCGGUGCGGAAGAAGAAUUCCCAGUUGGAGUGGGAAAAUGAGGCGCUCCGUGAGAAGACACAGGAGCUGGAAGUGGCCAAGCAGGUCUUACAGGCUGAGGUGGAGAAAGCCAGAGAGAACUCUCUGAAGAAGAAAAGCAUCAGAUCAACAGCCAGUAAGGCGGAGAAGAGGCUCUGUCAACAGACCGAGGAUGACAGUGCCGAUCUGAAGUGCCAACUCCACUUUGCCAAAGAGGAAUUAGCGCUCAUGUGCAAGAAGCUCACCAAGUUGGUAUCAGAGAGCGAGGGCAUGCGCGAGGAGCUGGCCAAAUACCACUCAGCCUACGGCGAUGUAGACGCCACCCAAUCGCCUGAAGGCAAGCAGAACUCCGCCCACACCAGGGAGGCGGAGGUCAAAGUUCACCUGAAACUGGUGGAAGAGGAGGCCACGCUCCUGAGCCGGCGCAUCGUCGAACUGGAGGUGGAGAACCGUGGACUGAGAGCAGAAAUGAGCGACAUGAGAGAGAAAAUGGGAGCAGGAGGAGGAGGAGGAGGGGAAGGGGAAGAAGGAGAAGAAGAAGAAGAGAAUCGGGAUGUUUUGGAGGAAAAUCCGGCAGCGGAGGGAGGAGAAGAGAGGGAGCAAAUUUUGAAAAGGGAUGAGGAAGAGGAAAAGGGUAAAAGUGAUGUUGAGACAUCUCUGCUGUGCAACCAAUCUCAAACUGAAGGGAUGAUCACUGCUUCUAAUAUCACACGGGAAGGUCCUGUAGGAGGUGAGUGGGACCCCUCUGACAGUCAGGAGAGCGAGAACAACAAACAACCUGACAGAGGUCUUAAAGGAAUAACUCUGAAAGACUGUGAAACCCUUCUGGCUCUCAGAGAUCAUUCCUGCAUUUUGAGCUCCGCCCUACAGCUCCUGACGACGCCACCAAAAAAUGGACAUUGUCUGUCUCCGACAGAUGUGGACUUGAACGGUAAAGCACAGAAGAUAUACCUACCAGGACCUCUAAAUGAGGCUCUGGAGCUUCUGCAGGCCAUGCUGUUGGCUUUCAUCGGGAGGAUGGAGUCACUUUUAACAGAAGAUUCAGGCAAAAACUCUCACUGUGAUUCAUACACUUUCUCCUUCGUCUCUGGAGACUGUACAGAUCAUGACGCGAAUGUUUGUGAUAUAAAAGAGUCACCAAGUAAGCAGGAGUGUGUUGAAGACCUCUGCACCACAGAGGUUAAGGAGAGAGGAAGAAGACAAGCACCCUCUCUCCAGUGGGACCUCCCCCACAGCUGCAGGGACCCAAAGAUGCAACUCUCCCUGCAGAUCCUGUGGAUCCUCCAUCAGUGGUGUCAGGUUGAAGGACCCGACGUGCAGGGGAAAGAGGGUAAGGACAAAACCAUGUCUGUGCUACGAGGGUUGCUGCAGGACCUGGGUGCAGGGCUUCAGGAUGAGCGGAUUGAACUUGACGGUGAAGCCAAGGCCACGCAGGGGAAGACAGCUGAGCGAGCCGUGACUGGUUUCUUUCGUGAUGAACGACCCUGUGCAGCUGGCAGGAUCUGCAGCUCAAAGGGGAAAAGACUGAGGCCAUGCGACUCUAAGAGGAAGAACUGGUGCUAUCUGAGCCAGGAGGCUGCUCAGCUGGACCGAGAGGACCCCGUUAAGACGUGGGACCAUCUAAUCAUGCCGCUUAGCUUCCCUGAUCUUGAUUUUGAGCAGAUGUCCAUGGACAGAAGCCACACUGCCCCGGAGAAGUCGGCCUUCCGCAUUUACUACAGCCCCCCAUCAGCUCGCAGAGUCCAGCUGGCUCAGUCAAAGCAAAGCCCUGUCGCAGACAGAGAGUCUGUCAGCUCUAACUCUCCCUGGUGCACGCCGCCGACCUCCUUCUCUCCGCUUUGUCUGGGCUCGUCCGCUAACCUGAGUGACGACAUGAAGGAGAUGACGGCCAGCUGGCGGCAGACUCACAGCUCACAGGUGAAGAGAGGGAGAUUAGCGGGGCGGUGGGUGGACGUGGUCUGCUCAGGUACUCAGACCCACAUGAAGCCACAGAUGGUGAGUGUUGGUUUGCAGACAGAUAGGACUCAGGGUCCUGCGGCUGCGAGAGGCAGCCCUUCUCGACUCCUGAGCUCCUCCUUGGUCUCUGCCCGCUCUCACCACAUCUCCACCUCGCUGGAUGGAGUAGCAGGUCGGAUCGAGAGGCCCAGACCCUCCACCUCCUCACCUAAACUGUACCGGAGACACUCUGCGACCGGUGUAUCCCCUCUCCCCUCAACCACCAGUCUGAGCUCCUCCUCCUCUGCAUCCACCUCUAGAGACCGAGCACUGUGGAACCUGAGUCACCAAAGCCCCUCUGGCCUCACAUUGACCCGACAAACCAGAGCGGGUGCAGGACAGAACCACGGCUCUCUGAGCAGCGCCAAGCCUCCCUCCAAAUCUGCAGGCGCCAACCGUUACGGUUUGGUCACAGAGUUUCUGCGCAGAGUGAGCGGCCGUGUUGAGAAACCAGCGCCGGGGUCAGGGACAGAAGACAAAGGGCGGCCUGAAGAACCUGGAGCGUGUCCCGACGAGGCCUCCCACCGCCCCGCUGCACAGGACCGACAGUGUGACGAGGAUCGUCAACCAGAGGUUCAUGAAGCAGAGGGAGGAGGCGGCCGGCCGAGCCCAGAGAGAGGAGAGGGGAGGCAGCCUGAACCACAGCGUCAGACACAGCGUGACUGUCACAGCAGAGGACGGAAACUACGACUGCAGCUCCAGCAGCAGCACCCUGACUUUCUGCUUCGCUCGUCCCUCUCGCUCCACCCAGAGACAAACGUCGAGUCAGAGCAAACUCCACCGACACAGACACUCGCCUCCAGUGACUCCAACUAUGAGCGAGUAACCGGACAGACGAGCAGCAGCAGCAGCAGCAGCUCAGCUCCACUGAUACUUCUGGACAGCUGAGAGCGGUUGGAGCCACAGGGGCUAGGAAUUUAACAUGUAAUGUUUAAAUGUAAAAACCCUGCUUUACUGCAGGAUGGUUGAACUGGUAGACUGUGUGUGGGCUGUGUAGCAGAGCUGUGAUAGAUAUCUUGGUGCAAUUAAAAACACUCUUUUGACAGAUUAAUAUUAAUUUAAUCACAUCUUUUGCAACUGCUGAACAUUCAUUUAUACUUACAAUUUAGAACUCUAAACUCAAACUGAUUUUGCACUUACAUUGUGAAUUAAUUUUAUAUUAUCUUUAUAGUAUUUUGUAGAGAAUAACCUCAUGUUUUACUGAAUAAACGUCUAAUAUCUGUACAAAAGGCCGUAACUCUCUGAUUUUAU